ACAUGAUUUGUUGUGUAUAUGAUAAAGAAACAUGGCUGCCCACCUAUCGUACGGUAGAGUCAAUUUAAACAUCUUGAGAGAAGCUGCACGAAAAGAGCUUCGAGAGUUUUUGGACAAAUGUGCGGGAAGUAAGGCCAUAGUUUGGGAUGAAUAUCUGACGGGACCUUUUGGACUGAUAGCUCAAUACUCUCUACUGAAGGAACAUGAAGUUGAAAAGAUGUUCACCCUCAAGAGUGGCAGACUCCCCGCUGCUGACGUCAAGAAUAUCAUCUUCUUUGUUCGUCCCAGACUGGAGCUCAUGGACAUCAUCGCUGAGAAUAUCAUCAGUGAGGACAAGAUGCAUUCCCCACGAGACUUCCAUAUUUUGUUUGUUCCUCGGCGGAGCAUGCUGUGUGAACAGCGGCUGAAGGAGCAGGGCGUGUUGGCCUCCUUCAUCAACAUCGACGAGUACAUCCUGGACCUGAUCCCCUAUGAUGGAGAUCUGCUCUCCAUGGAGUAUGAGAGUGCUUUCAGGGAGUGCUACUUAGAAAAUGACCAAACCAGCCUCUACCACACCGCCAAAGGCCUCAUGACCUUACAGGCCCUGUAUGGCACCAUUCCACAGAUAUACGGGAAAGGAGAAUGUGCAAGGCAUGUUGCCAACAUGAUGCUGAGGAUGAAGAGGGAGUUUGCCGGCAGUCAGAAUCAGAUCCUGCCCGUGUUCGACACUCUGCUCCUCCUGGACCGUAACGUGGACCUGCUCACUCCUCUGGCCACGCAGCUCACAUACGAGGGUCUCAUCGACGAGGUCUAUGGAAUCACUAACGGUUAUGUCAAGUUGCCUCCUGAGAAGUUUGCUCAGAAGAAGCAAGGAGAGGCGAGUAAAGAUUUACCCACAGAGCCCAAGAAGCUACAGCUAAACUCAGCAGAGGAGCUGUACGCAGAAAUACGUGACAAAAACUUCAAUGCGGUCGGAGCAGCGCUCAGCAAGAAGGCCAAAAUAAUUUCAGCAGCCUUUGAGGAGCGUCAUAAUGCUAAAACAGUGGGAGAAAUCAAGCAGUUUGUGUCUCAGCUACCUCACAUGCAGGCAGCUCGAAGCUCGCUGGCUAACCACACUUCUGUAGCCGAGCUGAUCAAGGACAUCACCACAUCUGAGGCCUUCUUCGACAAUCUGACAGUUGAGCAGGAGUUUAUGACUGGAGUAGAAACGGACAAGGUGAACACGUAUAUAGAAGACAGCAUUGCCCAAAAGGAUCCACUGAUCAAGAUUCUGCGCCUGGUUUCCAUGCAGUCGGUCUGCAACAACGGCCUCAAGCAGAAAGUGUUCGACUACUACAGGAGGGAGAUCCUGCAGACCUAUGGUUAUGAACACAUACUGACACUGAACAACCUAGAGAAGGCGGGUCUUUUGAAGCUUCAGUCGAACUCAAGGAACAACUACCCCACUAUAAGAAAAACCCUAAAACUGUGGAUGGAGGACGCCAAUGAACAGAACCCCAACGACAUCUCCUACGUGUACAGUGGCUACGCUCCACUAAGCAUCCGACUGACCCAGGUGUUAGCCAGGCCCGGGUGGCGCAGCAUCGAAGAGGUGCUGAAGAUGCUUCCAGGCCCGCACUUUGAGGAGAGACAGCAGCUGCCCGCCGGGCUGCACAAGAAACGUCAGCAGGGGGAGAAUCGAACCACGCUGGUGUUCUUCCUCGGAGGAGUGUCGUAUGCAGAAAUAGCCGCUCUUCGUUUCCUCUCUCAAAUGGAAGACAGCGGGAUGGAGUAUAUUAUAGCCACCACGAAACUCCUAAACGGUACAACAUGGAUCAAAUCCCUCAUGGACCGGCCCGAGGCCCAGACCUCCUGAGUCACCUGCGUGCACACCUGGCCACAUCAAACACCCAUCCAUCAGAAAACCUCAGCUGCUGUUUUUUAUGUCUAUAUCCGUCUACUGCAGGUGUUUCAUUGAUGUGUAUCCAACAUUAGGCUCUUUAAAGGUGCCCUGUGGAGAUGUAUUUUCUUCACUUGGUGUAACAGACCAAAAUGUGUUUAUCCUUGCAGCCUGACAAACAUGAUAAAUGCAUUUCCUUUUUUUCAGGAUAUUUGCAAAGCUGAUUUAUUAAAGUGUGUUAUUUGCAUGCUUUCAUGAGUGCCUUUACUGGUGCUUUUUUGUCCAGUACUGCCAGCAAUUGAAAACCAUUGGAAUCGUGUGAAAACAUUUACUGCCUCAUGCAUGUGAGGAUAAAAACAAAUUGUUGACCAACCUGUAAAAUAAUUGCUCCACCAGGCGUAUAAACUUUACAGGGUAUCUUUAAAAUGUUUGCAGUCCCAGGUAAUAUAAUAUAAAAGUGGUUUAAUGCUACUCUCAUGAAUCCCUUUGUCCUCUGGCUUCUUGUCCUGCUUUACUAUGAAGCUACUGUAAAUAUGUACGUAUGAUAAAAAUAGUUGGGAUGUUUGAGAUGUCAUGUAUAAGAUGAUAAAGAUGCACUUCUUGAAUUUUUGGAAGGCUUUUGUAAGGCAUACAAAUAAAGUCUUAACUAACUGAAAUCAAA